GCUCAUAGUGUGUCUUCCACUAUCCCAACUUUAUAAGCUUUGCUGAAUCUCAGUGCUGCUGAAAACUCUCAAGUAAAACUAAUGGAAGCAAUGCACAUUACCUUCCUUUUUCAUGUCUUCUUCCUAUUCCUUACCCUCACUCCUCCGAUCAACGCCGCUUCCUUCAACGGAACGGUGCCCUCGCCAUCGCCAUGCAUAGGUUCCAUUGCUGAAUGCAGCAAAGACUUGGAGAUGCUGAUGGAAUCAGAUAUCAGCAGAAGGUUUCUUGGGCAGAAGAAAUACAUCUCACCCGGAGCUCUCAAACCUGACCAGCCCGUCUGCAAUGGCGGAGCAGCUGGCCAGCCUUACUCCCGAGGCAGCGGCUGCCUCCCCGAGCCCUCUAAUCCUUACCACAGGGGCUGCUCCAGAUACUACCGCUGCAGGGAUGAUGCAUGAUCCUUCUCAACCGCCCUCUCGUGCUUUUUUCUUUUUUCUUUCUUUUUUCUUUCUUUCGUUUUCCUUCUACUUGUAUUUCACACUUGCAAAACAGAAAACCUUGUGCAAUAAUCUAUGUAACUUUAAUGGAUAGCUCAUGAAAAUUGCACUGCAAAGCGAAUUUUGAAGAGAUAAAUAAAUGUUUUUUUCUUUUUUC